AUGAAUGGCAUCAACAAGGCGGUGCGCGACCGGCUCGGCGGGCUGCACUCCGGCCACAUCCUGAUGGAAUCACUGGAUUUUGAAAGCAUUGUCGCCAUGCAGAAAGCAGGAGAUUGGGACGCUGCUGCCGAUGUCCUCGGCAACUCGGCCAAACAUCUGUCGGCGGGCGGGGCGGACUGUGUUCUGAUCUGUACCAAUACGAUGCAUAUCAUUGCCGAAGAG